AUGAACAAUCAGUACAUCCGCCGGGAGGUCUUCUGCCGGAACACCUGUCACGAGCUCAAACGCUUCUGGGAAAGAGAAAUUGGCAAACAGACUUACUACCGAGAAUCAGAAGAACAUCGCCUGGGAAGAAGUGCACUGAGAAAGCUCAGAGAAGAAUGGAAGCAGAAACUGGACACGAAGCUGAGACUACGGAACAAUCCAGAUGAGACAGAAAAGCGGGCCAACAUUGGCCAAGAGCUUCAUUGA